AUGCAAAGAGACCCAGACAAAGAUAAUUGGCAGCAGGUGGAUGAGAAAUCAGGUGGUUCAGAACCCACGUCCUGUCUUCUUGCUUCCCAGUAUCUUUGGCUUUCCGUAAGCUGUCUUCUUGCUUCCCAGUAUCUCUGGCUUUCCGUCGCAUUGUGUCUUCUUGCUUCCCAGUAUCUCUCGCUUUCCGUCGUUGUCUUUAGGACUGGACACCGAAUCAGGGCUGGACACCGAAUCAGGUGGGUCUUCUCCGUCCCUUCUAAACUCAGCAACGGCUUCGAUUCUUGGCCAAAGUUAAACUCAGCAACGGCUUCGAUUCUUGGCCAGUCGGCAACGGCUUCGAUUCCUGGCCAGUCGGUUAUAUCGGAGAGUGCCAACUGUUCGAUUCUUAGCCAGUCGGCUAUUUCGGAGAGUGCCACUGUCCACUAUUUCUCCCUUGUUUGA